AUGGCUACCGAGGCGACCUUGGGUCCCAACGCGACCUGGUGGCCUCUGGCCAACGAGUCGGGAUGCCCGGGCUGCGGUGCCGGUGCCAAUGUCUCGGACACCCGGGGCUCCGUGCCCAGGCCCCUGGAUGCCUGGCUGGUUCCUCUGUUCUUCGCUGCACUCAUGUUGCUCGGGCUGGUCGGGAACUCUCUGGUCAUCUACGUCAUCUGCCGCCACAAACACAUGCGGACAGUGACCAACUUCUACAUCGGCUGCAGUCACAUCUGGCAGGUACUGCGCAAGAAGACGUGGCAUUUCUGCAGGUGUCUGUCCUAUGGAUCCAACCUGGCGGCCACAGAUGUCACCUUCUUACUGUGCUGCGUCCCCUUCACGGCGCUCCUCUACCCGCUGCCCACCUGGGUGCUGGGAGACUUCAUGUGCAAAUUCGUCAACUACAUCCAGCAGGUCUCAGUGCAAGCCACCUGCGCCACCUUGACAGCCAUGAGCGUGGACCGCUGGUAUGUCACUGUAUUCCCGCUGCGUGCCCUGCAUCGCCGCACUCCGCGCCUGGCCCUGACUGUCAGCCUUAGCAUCUGGGUGGGUGAGUGUGACUUGGGGUGGGGGAAAAUAGGAGUGCAGAUGGGGCGUGGCACUGGUUGGGGCAGAGACCAUGGCUCCUGGGUGGGACAUGUCCCCAUUCUCCACCGUGUAUCCUGGGCGGAUGGUGCAGGUUCUGCAGCUGUGUCCGCCCCUGUGCUGGCCCUGCACCGCUUGUCGCCUGGGCCCCACACCUACUGCAGUGAGGCGUUUCCCAGCCGCGCUCUGGAGCGAGCCUUCGCACUCUACAACCUACUGGCUCUAUACCUACUGCCUCUGCUUGCCACUUGCGCCUGCUACGGUGCCAUGCUGCGCCACCUGGGCCGUGCUGCUGUGCGUCCAGUGCCCACUGACGGCGCCCUGCAGGGACAGCUGCUGGCACAGCGCGCUGGAGCAGUGCGCGCCAAGGUCUCCCGGCUGGUGGCUGCUGUUGUCCUGCUCUUCGCUGCCUGCUGGGGCCCAAUCCAGGUGUUCCUGGUGCUCCAAGCCCUAGGCCCCGCAGGGGCCUGGCACCCUCGCAGCUAUGCGGCCUAUGCGCUGAAAAUCUGGGCUCACUGCAUGUCCUACAGCAACUCUGCACUCAAUCCGCUGCUCUAUGCCUUCCUGGGCUCACACUUCAGACAGGCCUUCUGCCGCGUGUGCCCUUGCGGCCCACGACGCCAGCGCCGGCCCCUUGGGUCUGCACUCUCAGACCCAGCUGCAACCCACACCGCACCUCCGCACAACCUGGUGGCACACCCUGUCAGUGAGCCUGGGAACCCUGCUGCAGCAUGCUCUUUGUGCAUCCUUCGUCCUUCCUCCUUCAUGAACACUCAGCUCCACUCUGAGCCAACCCCUGCCGAGUAA